UGUAGGCUUCGAGCAGUUUGGUUGUGCACAUCUGAAGAUAACCUUUACCAGUUUUGAAAAUUACAAUUUGUGUUCCAACAGCAAGUGUUGCACUGAUAGUUUUAUUAACAUAAUUUUCCAAUUAUCUGUUACCAAUUGUCUGUGAGUGCAUAAUUGGAGAUUAGAGCGAUCUCAUGGCUGGACCUUUUCUAUCCCCGCUACCCGGUGACUUACUGACGGAGUAUAUGUUUGGGCGAAGGCGGCAACGACGGAAUAGAACCACCUUCACGCCCCAGCAGCUACAGGAACUGGAAACACUUUUCCAAAAGACUCACUAUCCGGAUGUGUUUCUGCGAGAAGAGGUCGCUUUGAGAAUCAGUCUCAGUGAGGCACGCGUGCAGGUCUGGUUUCAAAAUCGCAGGGCGAAGUGGAGAAAGCAGGCCAGACUACAGCUUUUACAAGAUGCAUGGCGAAUGCGGUGCUUGGGCAUCAGUUCGUCCCAAUUAGUUGUUGAUUCCCAAAAUUCGACAUCACCGAACAACAAUAUUCCACCGGGUAAAAAGUCUACCGAAACGGGGUCUCCUCCGAAGGAAGCUGAAUUCACUCUGAUGCAUCCCGCAUUUCAAGGGCCCAAUAACUGCUCCAACAACAACCCCUCCGAUGAAGAAAAACGUAUCCCCGUCUAUCAAUCGAAUCAUUCCCAUGCAGAAACCGCUGAAUCCAUUCGGGACGGGCGACCGUUGUACGACACUAUUCAGGCUUCAUCGAGGAUGUCCGCACAUCCGGACGAUUCUAACGGUAGCGAUCUGUCGGAUGGAUCGGAAGAAAUUGAUCUCACCACCAAUGGUGGAUGUAUUGAUUAUUCGAGCAGCAGCUCAAAUAAACACUAAUUUAUUUACCGUCAUCCGAAGUACUUGUACAUAAAUACAGUUGAGUCAUUUUCGCUUCGAAAAGUUUU